UGGUAGGUGGCAUCCAAAAUCUGUGUGCAUUUAGUUCUCAUUAUUUGUUGUAUGUAUGUAUGUGUGCAUGAAUGUAUGUAUGCGUGUAUGUUUGUAUGUGUGUAAUUACUUAUUUAGUUAGUUUUUAUUUAUUUGAAACAGGGCUUCUUGGGGGAAAUGUUUUCUAUAUACACAAGCAAUCGUAAUUUUUUUUAGUGUCCCCUUUGUAAAGUUUGGGUUGGAUUUUGCUUUAUUAAGGAACUUUUAAACAGUAUUAUCUCCAAAGAGGAGCCUACAGCCUUUUUGUAUGCAGUCAGUUGUUGUCCAUUUUAAAUUUCAUUGUUUGUUUGUUUGUUUCAGAACCCAGGGAGGGCCUGCAACAGGUCUAAGCACAGUUCUCAGAGGAGAAAAUAGCAGUCUCCAAGUGACAACCACAGGAGAAGGGAAUAUUGUCCUUUCUCCAAUGGAGACUCAACUGGGUAUAUAGCAAUUAAACCUAAGGGCAGGCUUGGGGUAGAUCUGGGUGGAUAGGGAGGAAGGAUCUAGGAGGUGCUUUGAGAUGGGAAACUAUGAUCAGAAUAUUGCAUUGAAAAUACAAUUUGUACUAUUUAAAACAAACAACCCCCCCCCCCAAAAAAAAGAAAAAAGACCGACAGCAAAACUUUACUGACUACAAAUGUUCCUUCUCUGCAGAGCCAAACUAGCUAGGUAGUGUGCAUUUCUGUCCCAGUUGGUAUAUAUACAUACAUUUAUUUGGAUUUAAAAUAUUUUAAAUCCAAACCAACAAAGAACACAUUUGAAAACGCAGGCGGUUAUGAGAGCUCUGGCAAGGUAUACUCAGAUCCAAGCUCUCCCACUGUUUCUGAAAGGGCUGAGGCCUCUGAAGUGCGGAAUGUCUCCGCCCCGCGACAUUCCAGAAGACGCAGCAGCAGCAGCAGCAGCAGCAGCAGCAGCAGCAGCAGCAGCAGCAGCAGCAGCAGCAGCAGCAGCAGGGCAAGCAGGCUUCCUCCUGGCCGCCCAGAGGCCUCUGGAAAGGAGUGUGAGGUUAUAGGAGACACUUCCAGAAACGUUUGCGACCCGGAGCCACUGCUGACAGCAAGCUAGUAACUCGGAAGUAGUCAUCGGUGGGUGGAUCUGGAUUUUUAGUUCCGGAGCAUCACAGGCUUCCUGCUGUCUUUCCAGACCUGGGCGCUCAGAGGUGGUCUACUAGCUCUCCCUAAGGCUGUAGGGGACAGAGGAGCGACCAGAGGCAGGUGAAGCCCCGGCAGCGCCGUCCACGAUGUUUUAGAGAAGCGCCAUCGCGGAUCAUAAGGUUUCAGAGGUUGGAGAUUCUUUUGAAUGAAGACUGCUUGUGGACUGACCUAGUAGCAGGAAGCAGAAGUUAGGAAAACCAGCUAGCAAAUUACUGCUGUAUUUAAGGGUGGCUUUGGGGCUUGAACUGAGCAGCUGGCUGGGUCCGAGGUUACAGGUGAGGUGAGCACAUGUGUGUGCACAUGCCUACUGAAGAGAGAGCCAGUGUCAGAUCCGCGGAGCGAGCUAGGGAGGAUGUCAUGCCAGUAGGAGACUGCCAACAGGAAAGAGGAUGUGGUUAAUAGCACUGAUCCCUCUAUCCCACACUCUAAUGUCUUUCUCACAAUCCCACCCCCCUACCUUCGUUAACCAUUUAAAGUUCCUGUAUUUGGUCACUAAUGACUGCUUCUCUUGGGUAGUUCCAGCUUUGGCUGGCAACUCAAUACCCUAAUCUCUUUAAUUCUGGGAGUCGUAACAGCUUUCUAAAAUUUCAAGACUUCUUGGCUGCUUUUCUCUCUCUUGAAAGGUCCCUGAGCCGUGCCCAUCCUUUGGUAAAAUCUCUCUUCCUUAAACUCCCCUCAGUUAAAUCCUUUGAGCAUGUCAUUGGGUUUCUUCUGAAAUCUUGAUCCAACCAGGUAGUCCAGAUAGGGGAGGGGAUCCAAUGGCAGGGAACAGAGACUGAGACCCUCCUCUUUCCUGUCCUUGUACCUAGCCCCCCAGUCCACCUCCGUUGCUCCACUUGUUAGGAGAACCACAUGAAGACCAAGUUGCACAUUUGCUACAAAUGUGGAGAGGCUAGGUCCAACUCUUCCAUGCUCUCUAGUUGGUGGCCCAGGCUCUGUGAAUCCCCAUGGUCCCAGGAUUGUUGACUCUGUGGGUCUUACGGCGACGUUCUUGAUCUCUCUGACUUGCUCACUUCUAUCCCCAACUCUUCCACAAGAUUCCCCAGGCUAAGCCUGAUGUUUUACUGUGGGUCUCUGCAUUCGCCUCCGUCUGUUGCUGGAUGAGGCCUGUCAGGAGACAGUUAUGCUAGAUUUCUGUCUGCAACUAUUCCAGAGUAUUAUAAAUAGUGUCAGAAUGGGUCUCAAGUUGGAGCAGUCAUUGAUUGGCUGUUUCCUCACUCUCUGUUUCAUCUUUAUCUCUGUCCAUCUAGUAGGCAAGACAAAUUUUGAGGUGAAUUUUUGUGGUGGGUGGAAUGAUGUCACCGCUCCUCCUCUGGAUGUCCUGCCUGGCUACAGGAGGUGGCUACUUCAAUCUCUAUAUCCCCCUUUGGUAGGAAUCUUAGCUAAAGUCAACCUUACAGACACCCUGUACCCUCUCCCACCCUAGUCCUCCAGCUGGUCACUGGAGAUGCACCCCCUCACCAAUUUCCAUUCUCACUCCCAGCCCUCUCCUGCCCCUUCUCUCUCCACACCUGAUGCCAUCUCCAAUCCCCUCCUUACCUCCUCCCCUACACAGUUUCCUCUCCAUCCACAUCCAUUGACUAUUUAGUUUCCCUUUCUGAGAGAGAUUUGCACAUCUACCUUUGGUACCUCCUUAUUAUCCAGUUUCUUUGUGUCUGUGGACUGUAGCAUGGUUAUCCCACAGUUUAUAGCUAAUGUCCAUUUAUAAGUACAUUCCUGUGGUGGUUUGAAUAUGCUUGGCCCAUGGGAAGUGGCACUAUUAGGGGAUGUGGCAAUGUUGGAGUAGAUUUGGCAUUGUUGGAAGAAGUGUGUUGCUGUGGGGGUGGGCUUUGAAAUCCUCGUCCUAGCUGCCUGGAAGACAGUCUUCUAGCUGCCUUCCCAUUCAAGAUGCACAACUCUGAGCUCCUGCUCUAGUGCCACCUGCCUUGACACUGCCAUGCUUUCUCCCGUUGAUGAUAAUAGACUGAACCUCUGAGCCUGUAAGCCAGCCUCAAUGAAAUGUUAUCCUUUAUAAGAGUUGCUUUGGUCACGGUGUCACUUCACAGCAAUAGAAAGCCUAUCUAAGACAGUAGCUGUGACAGGGAUUGUGAGCAGUGAUAGGCCUGACCAUGCUUUUGUUUGGAGGAAUAUGGACUUUGGGAUACUGAAUAAUAACAUACGUGUUUCUGGCUCUAGGCUCCUCACUCAGGGUAAUAUUCUCAAGUUCCAUCCAUUUCCCUCCAAAAUUCAUGAUGUCUUUAUUUUUAAUCGCUGAAGAGUAUUCCGUUGUGUAGAUGUACCAACAUUUAAAAAAAUCCAUUCUUCAGUUGAGGGUCUUAUAGUUUGUUCCCAGUUCCUGGCUAUUAUGAAUAAAGCUGCUAUGAUCAUAGUUGAGCCAGGGGCCCUGUAGCAUAAUGGGACAUCUUUUGGGUACAUACCUGGGAGUGGUAUAGCUGGGUCUUUUUGUUUGUUUUUAUUUUUUCGAGACAGGGUUUCUCUGUGUAGCCCUGGCUGUCCUGGAACUCACUUUGUAGACCAGGGUGGCCUCGAACCCAGAAAUCCGCGCCACCGCUGCCCGGCUGAUUUUUUUUUUUUUUUUUCUGGUUCUUGAGGUAAAACUAUUUCAAGUUUUCUGAGAAACUGCCAAUUUGAUUUCCAAAGUGGUUGUACACGUGUGCACUCCCCUAGCAAUGGAGGAAUCGUUCGUUUCCUUGUUGCACAGCCUCGCCAGCAUGGGCUAUCACUUGAGUUUUGGAUCUUAGCAUUCUGGUGGGUGUAAGAUGGAGCCUCAGAGUUGUUUUGAUUUGCAUUUCCCUAAUGACUAAAGACACUGAUCAUUUCUUUAAGUGCUUCUUGGCUUCUGUUAAGAAUUCUGUUUAGCUCUAUGCCCUACUUUUCAAUUGUGUUAUUUGAAUUGUUGGUGUCUGGUUUCCUGAGUUCUUUAUACACUUUGGAUAUUAGCCCUCUGUUGGAUAUAGCGUUGGUGAAGAUCCUUUUCCAAUCUGUAGGCUGCUGAUUUUCCUGUUGACAGCAUCUUUUGCCUUACAGAAGCCUUGCAGUUUCGUGAGGCGCCAUUAUCCAGUGUUGAUCUUAGAGCCUGAGCCAUUGGUGCUCAGUUAAAGAAGGUGGUUCCGUACCAGUGCAUUCAAGGCUAUUCCCCCCUUUCUUUUGUAUUAGACUUUGUGUAUCCGGUGCUAUGUUGAGGUGAAGCUGUAGUGUUUUAAUACCACAUCUUGGAAGCUCUGUGAUGGUUUCAUCAGCUCAAUUUCAGAAAUGACGAUUCGUCAUUGGUGUUUGCCCACUGCCAUAGACACUCAUGAAGUAAUCUGAACCACUCUACUCCCCUUAUGAGUGAGUUUCUCUUACCUUUUCUUUUGGAGCCCAUGUCCAAUAAUUCACCUAAUAGAUAUAUUUUCAGUCAUUUCUUUUUCUCAAAACAGAAAAAUUUUCUGUUUUGUCCAGGCUGAUUUCAGACUCCUGGGCUCAAGUCAUCACCCUGUUUCAACAUCCCAGUUGCUAGACUUCACGUACACAGCACUGUGCCCAGCACAUUUUCAAUCAUAAUGGUUGUUAUCAUAGAGUUCUGUAAUUGUGUGUCUACAUGCACGCAUGAGUGCUGUUGUGUGUGAGGCUAAUUCUCCUUUGCUUUCUAGCUGCUUUUCCCUCCUCCAGUGUCUGACAGCAGCAAGCAGUGGCAGCACCGAAGCAGCAGCGAGUGGCUUCCUGUGAUGCAAAAUUCCCUGAACAGGCUGUGGCUCUUGUGUGAGUAGCCAGUGUUACUGCACUGGAUCUGAGGUCUGCGACCUGUGAUCUUGAGAUGUUUCAACUCUUUGAACUGUUCUGGAGACCAGGGCCUGCAGGUUCUGUUCUGUGGCUCCUCACAGCCUCUUCUCUGUGCUCUCCACUCCUGUCCUUCCUGCUCCCAUUCCUUUCUUCUGUUCGGCAGUUCCUGUUGCUUCCAGUAGCUGCUCCUAGGACAUUUUGGGUUACCUGCCUCUUUUGGACUAGCGAAGGAGAGUGUCAAAUACCCAAGUGCUGCUCAGAAACCGAGCAGGGAUCAGGAUUGCUUAGGAGUAGGCAGUGUUCUCACCGGCACAGGAUGCUUAGAGCGAAUGGGAUCUCCAGGCGGGAACAGAACCACCAGCGGAUGUUGGUUUAUUGGAGCCACAGAUGGGUGAGCUGCCAGGUCUUUGGCUGCCAAGCUGCAGUUGCUGGAACUUUGUGCCAGAAAGCCAAGGGUUUAGGAAUACACACAAGAAACUGGAAACUUGGUGGUAUCAGUCCUAGGACAGCCCAGGUACUAUCUAUUUCAGUGGCAUAGGGCUCUGUGACUCCUAAGGUGCCCAUAGAUCGUCAGUUAUCAAGUUGUUCUCCUGUCUGGAUCAGUUUCUGUGGCAUCUGUGGACCAAGCCAUCUCCAAGACAUAUGUCAGUUCCCAUGGCUGUGCUCCUGUAGCUGUCAAGGUCCCCCUAAGGCUACUGCAUACUGCCUGUGUCUUCUGAACUCAUUUCCUUGAAUUCCAUGCUAGCUCAUCCAGCAUUACUGAGAAUAGGCAAGAAAAGGCCACUGGAGAAGUCUUUCUUGACUUCAUGAUGCUAUGCUAGGAAAGGUAACACUGGUGAGUGUCUCCCAGUAGAUUCACUGAGCACCACUUGAGCAGCCUGCUUGUAGUCCCCUAAGGAUAUUUGGAGCUUUCAGAGCCAUUUGUGUGGCCAAUCAGAGUCAGUAAGGAUUUAUGCUUUAGAGUGCCACAGCCUUCCUACCAGUUAUGAUAGUUCCUCCCAGGGAAUAUAUGUGUUUGGGAAGACACACUGCAAGCGCAUCAAAGACAUGUAUGUUACCUUAACUGCUGAGUUAUGCAAAGAGAAUCACACAUGCUAUGGCUUUGAGUAGUGUUGAAGGCAUCAUCCUUAAUGAGGAAAAGUCCUUGGUGAUGCAUAUCUUUGUCCUGAGACUUGAAACAACGAGACAGCUAUCAGACCUGGGUACAGAAAUUCCACUCUGAGGGAAAAGAAGAUAACUCUUCUUAUAAUCAACACUUAGUUUCACAUGCAUCACUCUGAAUUCUGGGAUUGAAUGGGAAACUAAUCCUGUUUUCUUUUUCUUAGUCAACAGAAGCUUUUAGAAGAAACAAAGCAAAGCAGAGCAAAGAGGCAGAGAAAGUCCAGCCUGGGAGACCUGUGUGUGUGUGUGUGUGUGUGUGUGUGUGUGUGUGUGUGUGUGUGAGUGAUGUUGAGAAAGGUUUAAUCCACUCCCAUUCUCAUUCCAGAUGUUGGAUAUACUCAAUCUGUGUUACAGAUCAACAGAUAAGUAAAAACAAAAUUUUUCUUCUAGAAGUACAUUUAUUAAGGUUUUGUGAAAAUCUGAAAAAGUUUUAAAAUGACUUUUUAAUUGUGUGGAGGAAUGUACUUAUGAGCACAGAUGCGCACAGGGACAGCAUAGGGUGUCGCAUCCCUGCAGCCAGAGGUCCAGGUGUUUGGUGGGUCCUGGAAACAUCGAGCAUUUAAACCACAUAGCCAUUCUCUAGCCCUGUAAGUUACAAAAGAUUAGAAUAUUUCUAGUAUAUGGAAACCCAGGUCCUCCUUAAUGAUGAACCCAAAAUAGCUCUAACAUAGACCUUGAUGUGCUAUCUCCAGGAUAAUAAGAGUAACACCGACAGGACCUGUCUGAGUAUGAUCUCGCUCGGACAUGUUACCCAUUGGUCAGGGAUUGAUUUUGUGAUCUGGCUGGCUAGGCAGGUGCUGCCUUUUCUCCCUCUGUCCACUCCACCUGAUCCCCAUCCUUGGUCAAAGAGGAGACAGAGGAGGACCAUUCUUUGGGGAAGGGGAAGGGGAAGGGGAAGGGACUGACAAUGUUUCCCUACUUGAACCUCCCAACAAGCUUGCAGGAUCUAUUUCAAGAGAAUGUAGCUUAGUUUUCAGGACGUAGGCAAUGAGUUACUCCAUGUGGAAGUAUGCCUCUAAAUAAACAGGCAAACAAACAUCUUAGUGCUUAGAAAAAAUAUUUUACUAAUUCUGUAGUUUGAAGCCAUUUGGGAUAGGAGAAGAUUCUGUAGUUAAGGCCUAUAGAGAAAUAUGCCAUUAAUCUCUGAUAGAUUUAUAAUAUGUAUUAGAUUAUAAAUCACUCUAAAAAUUCUGAGUGUGCUUAAUAUAGUGAUCAUGAACUUGAGUGAUCACAGAACACUUCUCAAUUUCUCUAUGUGUUGAGGCACCAAUUUCUGUGGAAAUUAGAGUUUUAAGGUAAAACUCUACAAAGCCAUGGUCAUAGUCAGAUGAGGGUCAGUUUAACCUUAAACAUUGAUUCCUGGUAGAGCAUAGUCAUUGUUUGAGACGUUACAUGCCAACUUUUUGAUAGAUCUUUUGUAGUUAUUUUAGUUUACUUUCAUUAUUUUGGUUAAUACAUGAGGACCAUGGCCAAGGCCAUGGAAAUCUCAAAAUGUAUUGACAAAGCAGACUUAACUGUUGGUGGGAGGAGAGUGGUAGAGGGCUGAGAACUGUCUAAUCAAACACAAAUGACAUAGUCAUUUCAUAAACAUUCUGCUCUCCGUGCACUGGACAGCACCUGACCUCGGAUAGGUUUGUGUGCUGCUAAGAGGGGAUACUUCAUUGGUUAUAGUGGGAAGUCCCUCAUUGGGUAGUUAGCAGCACCUAGCAUAGUCUCUCAGCUGGUAGUUUCUGAUUGGUUAAGUUUACAUUGAAUUGGGCUCAGUUGCUUCUAAAGGAGCAUGAGACGAUAGAAUUGUGCUCUAUAGUAUUAUGUCAACGUGACACAACCUAGAGUCAUCUGAGAGGAGGGAGCCUCAAUGUUAAAAAAAAAAAUCCCUCCAAGAUCGGGUUGUAGGCAGGCCUGUGGGACAUUUUGUUAAUUAGUGACUGAAGGGAAAGGCCUCAGACUGUUGUGGUUCUUGCCUUCUCUGGGCUGAUGGUCCUGCGUUCUAUAAGAAAGCAGGUUGAACAAGCCACAUAAAGCAAGCCAGUAAGCAGCACCCCUCCAUGGCCUCUGCAUCAGCUCCUCCCUUGAGGGAUCCUGCCCUGUUUAAGUUUCUGUCCUGACUUCCUCCGAUGAUGAACAGUGAUAUGGAAGUGUAAGCCAAAUGCAUCCUUUCCUUCCCAAGCUGCUUUGGUCAUGGAGUUUCAUAUUAGCCAUAGUAACCCUAACUAAGACAAGGUGGGACGUGGCUGUGGGACGUGGCUCUGACAGACCUGGUCAUGUUUCUGGGAGGACUAUGGAAGGACUUUGGGACUUUGGGCUAGAAGAGCCAUUGAGUGUUGAGAGCUCGGAGAGCUAUAGGAAGGAUCUUGGAAGACAAGAAUGUUGGGAUCACUGUAGACGAUGGAGGCCUGGCUUGCGAAGGUUCCGAGGGAAGCAAAGACUCUACCAGGCCAUUUAUGUGAAAAGCCUGUGGUAUCGGGUCAGCUGGGGCUGAAGAGUCAGCCAUAAUUAAGAAGAGCCUGGCACCACUGAAGUGAGACCUUUUGAGUUACUGGGACGGUUGAUGCUGGUUCGAUGGGGCUGAAAAGUUAGCAGUGAUUAAGAAGCAAGCAGAUCAUUGUGUCAGAUUCUCCUGGGAAGUGUUUUCUGUUUCCUGAGAGUCGGCACACAUACGCUGUGUUCCAGAGGUGGCUAAGGUUGUACCAUGUGCUGGCAUGUGAGCUGGAUAGUUAAGAGUCACCCAGGUGGAACUGGUUUUGAGGCAUGAAGGGAUCCUGAAGAGCAGCUGAGGCUUGUACGUUACAUUGUAGGGCUGGAGUUCCUGAGGAGAGCCCAGGAGAGGCCAUUGGUGAAAGCGCAGCCCUGAUGUAGCAAGAGACCCCUGCAGUUUGGAGAUGCCAGUACCAUGGGAUGACCACCAAGAACAGCAGAGCAGUGGAGUGGAGGCAGCCGGAGCCCAGAAUACAAGUUGUGUGUGCUGCAGAGUGUAGAGCUGGAGAAAUGACCCAAGCCCCUUGGAGUAUCCCAGUAGAUUAGUGAAGAAAUCGAAGCAAUGGCAGCCAUUUAUGGCGAGGAGUGGUGUGUCAUUGAUGAAAAUGCCAAAAUAUUUUGUAUUAGAGUCACUGACUUCAUGGAUGACCCCAAAUGGACACUUUGUUUACAGGUGAUGUUGCCAAGUGAGUACCCGGGUACAGCACCGCCUUCUUAUCAGCUGAACGCUCCCUGGCUGAAAGGGCAAGAACGCGCAGACUUAUCGAACAGCCUUGAGGAGAUAUAUGUCCACAACAUGGGUGAAUCUAUUCUUUACCAGUGGGUGGAGAAAAUAAGAGAUGCUCUGAUACAGAAAUCUCAGAUAACCGAGCCAGACCCAGAUGUCAAGAAGAAAACUGAAGAGGUUGAGGUUGAGUCCGAAGAAGACCCUAUUCUAGAGCACCCGCCGGAAAAUCCAGUUAAAACAUUGGACCUCAAAAUCAGUGAAGAAACUCAACCAGAAACUGAAGAAUUGCCUCCAGUUGCUCAUGGCGUUCCUAUUACUGACCGAAGGAGCACUUUUCAGGCUCAUGUGGCCCCUGUCGUCUGUCCUGAGCAGGUGAAACUGGUUCUUGCCAAGCUGUACGAGAAUAAGAAGAUUGCCAGCGCCACCCACAACAUCUAUGCCUACAGGAUAUUCUGUGAGGAUAAACAGACCUUCUUGCAGGACUGUGAAGAUGAUGGAGAAACAGCUGCUGGGGGCCGCCUUCUUCACCUCAUGGAGAUUUUGAAUGUGAAGAAUGUCAUGGUGGUGGUGUCCCGCUGGUAUGGAGGGAUCCUGCUGGGACCUGACCGUUUCAAACACAUCAACAACUGUGCCAGGAACAUUCUGGUGGAGAAGAACUUCACGAACACUCCUGACGAGUCAACUAAGAAUUUGGGGAAAAAGAAGGUGAAGAAAGACAAGAAGAAGAAUGAUCAUUAAGACGUGAACCUGUGUGAGAGGUUAACUUCCCAGCCACUGUGGACACGUUCCCAGUGGUCAUGAGUACAUUAAGAUAGCACACUGACAGCUCAAGUCAGCCAGUUCAUCAUGGUUCCACCAGCAUUGUGUUUCCUCCUCUGGUUCCACCAUUUGCCAGAACUAGAGAAUCUAGAACAUAUUCACAUGUGUUUCACAUUUAUUUGGAAGAACAGCUGUGAGCUUACUUACCAUUUCAUAUAAUACUAGGAAGUGACACAUGCACAGUGUUUUCCUGAGCUAAAUGUCAAUUUCAGUAUUGUCGCGUGCCUUUGUUAGGCAGGGAAGACGUGUCUCCAGAGGAAUAGAAAGGCCACAUGUCUUGCGAUAGAAAUUGCCAUGCUGUUAAGUGAGCAUUGCUUUUUCAGCUCCCAGUUGCUUUCAGAGUGGGGGCGCAUGGAAGACGGAGGUCUUGGGGAGUCUUUCUCUUGUGAUUUCACAAGUGAGUCACGCUUCCUUCCAUAGUAUUCAUCAUGGAGUGAUAGUUUACGUGAAAACCCGAGUAUUCAUCUGUGAUCAUGUGCCAAAGUGAUAGUUUACACAUUUGCUAGUCCAAGUGUUACUCCUCAGUUGUUUCAAAUUGGUGAUUGUGGAAUUUCAAAAAGUUACUAUUUCUUAGUUGUUGCCUUUUGUUGUUUGAUUCCUGUAGUGACACACAGUGACCAUUCAGUCUCAGUAGUCCUUCCCAGUAGUCCUUCCGUCCCAUCCCUUACGUGUGUUGAGGUAACAUUCCGGUGUCUCUGAACGACCUGGAAGCACUUCCCUGUGCUCUUCCCUGUGCUCUGGUCAACUCACUUGCAGAACGAGAUAGAGGCAGCAGGACACCAGAGGAGCAGGCUGCCCACUGCACCAGUUUGAUAUACAUUUGCCAUUUGAACUCUGGCCAGAUUUUUUUUUUUUUUAGUUCUGUGAUUUUUUUUUUUUUUUUUUUUUUGAGGAGAGAUAGAGGGACAAAUCUUUUGAUUAGAUUAAAAAAAAAACCUCUUUCCCUGCGGAAGUUUUUGUCUAAUCUCCUUUUUUAAACACGUGUUUAAUUUAUUUUUUACAUGCAUAUUACUUGUAAGAAAUAAGACAAAAAUUCCCUUUGUGUAGGUAAGCUGUACCUGUUAUCUUUCAGAAAUAAUGCCAACAAUGACUAAAUUGAUCAACGGAUCGCAGACUAGUUUGAUUCCCCUCCCGAGGAAGAGGCAGCCUUGGGAGAGUGCUGGAGCACACAUAGACAGCGUCUGAGGUUGUGCAGGUUUUUUCUCUUAGUUUGUAAGCUUGAAAGAUCCACAUCCUCACUUGGUAUUUUAAAUAGGAAUCCAGUAGCCAGCUUUACACUAGAGUGGGUUCUGAGACAGAAGUCUUAUUUUCAACAUUAUUUAAUGUUGUAAAUUAUCAAGAGUUAUAGGAUGACCUAUAUGUGUGUUUGGAACACUUACCUCUGUUUCCAUGAAAUGCUAAGUAUAUCCUAUGUAUUAAUUGUUACAGAGCUUAGACAGUAUUUGCUAAAGAUAAUGAUAUAAUCUUGACAUUUCAGACCUGUGAAAAGAGAUUAAAACACUAAGAAUUUUAUGCUGCAGAAAAAAGGAGCAUAAAAUAUUUUCCUAGCACACUGGAUUAGAAUUUCUUUCCUGGAGUUUUGUCUAAAAUGUAUUAGUGUUUACAGAAGAAAAGACAAUUUUUUAUAUCUCUGAUCUCAUUUUCCUUCACUUAAAAAUUACGUUUCCCCAUUUUACAAGAUUGCUAACCUCAUUUUGUGGGUUGAGCUCCUUAACCUUCGCUGCAGGUGGGAGGGGAGACCCCAGUUCCUCACUUCUAACUCCUGAAAUUGCGUAUUUCACAUGCCAUUAGUGCAAAGUAAUGAUAGCAUAGUUUUCUCUAUUGAAGUAGAGAAAAUCAUAUGUAGAGAAUUUUCUAGUUCUCCCAAUUAUAACUUUGUAAAGCCAGGCGUCUGCUGUGGCCUUCUCUAUAUUUUAUUAGUUGACAUGUUCUCCACAUGCCAGUAUCUAUGAGCAAAUGGCAUCCACGUAGACGGGCAGAGCAGAAGCUGCUAGUGAGGUGUCUGUCAGAGACAGGCUGUUGGAAGGAAGCACUGAUACAGGACAGAUAAAGCAGAUACUGUUUACAGGGCAGGUGAGUGAUACUGUAAUCACUUCAGUGAAUUGUAAUCACAUCCAGUCCACUAAAGAGAUGACCAUAAAUGGUGUAUACAGUUUUUAUUUUUUAUUAUGCAUGAUUUUGUAUAUAUGGCUAUUUUUCUUUCCGUAAAAAUGGUAUUAAACCGUAUAUACUGUUUUGUAUCCUACAUAUUUCAUAUAGAAGUAUAUUGUUAACAUUUUCCCAUAUCAAUAAAUAUUCUUCUAUGGCUUAA